AUGUCGAAUUUUACCAAACGGAAAUCUAGUCUUUGCCCCACCAACGGUCGUCAAACCGUUGGAGAUGGGGCAUCUUUCUCUCUCGACACCGAUCCUAGUGUGCUUGCCGUCUGCCAAAUGCAGGGCACCGACGAUUUGUACUACUACUCUACUACCUUCUCUGGCGGACCCGGGACAGAGGGCAGCCCGGCGUCGAUUCUCUCCUCAUCCCCAACUGCUCUUUCUUCUUCCCCAGACUCUAAUUAUAUCAACAAACAUAUCGUCUAUCCCCAUGCUAAGCCCCCUAUUACGACCGUUGAUUGUUCUCGUGCUCGUGCCGCUGUUCCCGUUACGAUACCCACCAGGUCUCCGUCUGUGCUCUCCACUCCACCCCUCACCCCAGACGACGGCAGUGACUGUAGCGCCAACGGGUCAGACAUUGACGUCGACCAGAAGGAUGCACUGGAUUUCGUUAUGACGAUCUUCCCCCGCCAGGGAUUGAAAGCCUUGCCCUAUGCUAAACGUGUUACUAUCACCGCCUCAAGUCUCGGCUCCAAUUUUAGUGGCAUGGUAUUGGAGCUGCCGGGCAAGCCGAAAACUUUGUACGUCGAUGGCAAGAGCGCACAGUCUGUCAGUCUUCGAGAGAGUGUUGUUGCUCUUUUGGACCUUGCCGAUGAACAAUUGGCAUGCUCUGCCCUUGUCAUUGUGCUGGAAAGGUCUUCACCUACUUUGGGUCAGCUCCUCCAUUCUCUCAUGUACGUUGGAGGGUCUGUUGUGACCAAACCUCCAUUCGAGGUUGAUCCUGCUUUUGUCUUGGUGGGACUGGAUAUUUAA